GUCUUGGUAGGUAGUCAGUUCACUCAACAGGUUGCAGAUGACUUUCCUGCACUGUUUGACUGCAACAAUUCUGAGGAGAAAGCAUACAUUGAUUGAAGAGAUAUAUGGAGACUUGCACGUGGAGGCUUGACAGACAAAAGGACAGAGUUGGAGGAUUCUAGAGGACCUUGUCAAAGCAACUACAGACAUCCUUACCUAUGGAUUUACACUUCGGCUUUCACCUAUUUUCCUGAAUCAUUUUUCUUCAGAGAAGAGAUUUUUCAAGGUUUUCUUGAAUAACUUCUGAAUGCAAACAUGGGCUGCUCUCCAUCCAAAGGAAAGUUAUUUUCAAAGCCAGAAGGCCCCAGUCCUCAAAAGGCUCUGCUGGCUGAAGCACCACAAGAUGGUGUUGAUUCAAGACCUGAAGAGGAGAGGGAUAAAUGUUUCGAGACUGAUGAGAAAGAAAAUGAACUUCCUCGACCCACUGAAGAACAUUCUACAAAAGACACUGCAUGGUCUCAGAUGGACUGCAACACAACAGAUGCCCAAAACACAGAGGACAUUAAAGAAACAGAGGUGAAUGUGAUGCCCCAAGAAAUAGUCCAUGAGGUUUUACAAACAGAUAAGAUUAAAAAGACAGAGAAAAGACAGAAAAAUAAAGGCAAGAGAAGGUCUACUGACAAGCACAGAAAAUCCUCUAUCGUCCAGAAGAAGGUUGACUUCCCACCACACAUGGUGAGGGCUCACCAGGCAGCCUAUGCCUAUUUAAACCCAAACAUCUCUAAAUAUGAGACCCUGUUGGGCCUGCUGGACCAGGCUGCCCAGACACAGCUUGCUCUCCAGCCUGCAAUGUCUGCUUUGGUGUUCCGGUUCGAGGAGAUCAACCAAGCUUUAGAGGAGAUGGCUGAGGAGGGGGAGCUCAUGUUGAAGGAGCAUGGGGACUACAUGGCCUUGCCUUCUGGGAUGCUGGGCCCAGUUGUUAUGCCAGCUAAAUCUAUGACUGACACAGCCAACCCUGCAAAUCCACAUCCAGAUCUGUUACAGCAACUGCUCAAGCAUUCAACAGAGAAAAUGAGACUUGUGGGGGGCUCGGUCCAGGCACUGGGUGACACCACGCUUGAAGAGGCAGUGGAGUAUUUUUCUUCUGUCUCUAAACUGCUGAUUGAGAAGCUGCAGGCCAAGCAGGCAGCAGAGCAAAGGUUGACUCAAGUGCUGGCGCGGGUGGAGGGGGCUUCCAUGAGGAAGUCUAAUCCAGAGGAUUCUGCACUGCACAGUGAGGACAGCGGCAUCGGGGGAGAAAAUGAGAGUCUGACAGGGUCUGAGAGGCACCGCCGCCACCGCGGGAGCGCCGGAUCUGGAAGUUGUGGAUCUGGAAACAACAUUCGAGGUGCAUCUGAUAUUCUGCACAGUAAUUUACACAACCUGGAAGGCUAUAAUGAAGAUGAUGAAGAGGACGAGGAGGACGAUGAUGAUGAUGAUGAUGAUGAAGAGUAUGAGGAUGAUGAAGGGGACAGGCCUGAAAGGAAGAGGUCUAACUCUUCCCCACCAGAUCCCAGUCAACCUCUUCUUUUCAUGUGUGCAAGUUACAUGCAGGAUCGGCAGCCUACAGUCAAACGACCCCUGACUGCUAUCUCUGUAAACAAACCUGAACACUCUACAUCCACCAGGUGUGUAAACAUAAUGAUUGAGCUACAAAAGAGCCAGAGGGACUUGGAUCAACGAAUGAAGAAGAUGGCUGAAAUCCGAGGAGAGAAAGAGAUAGCAGGGCCUCAUUAUAACCUGUAUAGAGCUGGACUAAGACGGCAUUCAGUAAGUGGAUCAGCUCAAAAAGGCCCCCUCAGAAUAAAUCAGUCACCUGGUUCCUUACCAAUGUUAACACCUCAACCACCCAAGCACCAAUCAGUCAGAAGGCUGAUAAAUACCUUUAGCCAAGGGGUUGAUGGUAGACCAGGGCAGAGCCUUGCUAAUAUUCCACCUCAUAUCAGGAGGCCCAGGAAAACUGGGAUCCUUCAGUCAUCUGCCACAGUGAAUAGUAAUGAGGGGGGGUUAGUCAUCAAUGGCAACAAUAAUAACAACAGCUGGCCUGAAGGGAGGGAUGACCUAGAUGUAGACAACCUACCACCUCCGCCCCCAGAGGUCCUCAUGGACAAUUCCUUUCAGAGUACUGAGGGCAUACCAGGAAAUAAAGAAGGGUCACAGGAAGAUUCGGUUGUACAUCUCCCAAUAAUAAACCAAAAGAGUGGCGUCUCCCAGCGCCUAAAGUCAUCUGUGCAGAAUGUUGAACUGCUGCCAAACAAAGCCAGCAUGAAGCCAAGAUCGAUCAGUAUCUCUUCUGCCUGUCCUGUCAGACAGGAUGCAGUUAUGGGAGCACAAGAUACAGAGCAGCAACCAGAAACUGAUCUGGAUCCAGAAAUGGAGAAGGUUAACUGUCACUAUCAACAGGCACGUAAGAUGAAUCACCCGCACAAUGCAGAGGAACCCCCUGAUAACAGAGAUAUUACAGAACUAAGCGGAAGAGGAACUUCGCCUAUUCAAAUUAGAAUGAGCCAGAGAUGUGGAAGCAAUGACUUCACUGAGGGGGAGAUGUCCACUUACAGCCUGCCUAUAACAGCACCACCUGUCUCUAGAGUCCGCCUACCACCAUCUUGUCCUUCUGUGUGCCACAGAUUCCCAAGCCCUCCUGUGUUCAGACCUCAGUCUGCCUCAAAGCCCUCAUCCCGCCCAAGUUCUCCAAGAACGGUUACACGUGCCACAGAUAACAACAUUGAAGAGAUCAUUCCAUCUGUGUCCUUUCGAGAUGCCCGCUCAGUUUUCUGUCAAAAGGACUCUAAGACCUGCAUUCCUCCUGGAAGUUCUGUACUUCCCAAACCAUGGGGUGAGGCCUCCCGGGGCAGACUUCCCAUGAGAGGGAUAGACAACAAUGCCCGUCGCACCCAAUCAGAACAGAGGCCUAGUGUGACUUCCUAUUCAGAGUUUACUAAAGAUGGCUGUUCAGCCUCCACACAGCCCAAGGGGAAUGAGCCUGUUACCACAAAAUAUAGGUCGGGCAGCCCUCUGAUGACAGGAGACGAUGCCCAGUUGGAUCCAAGUGCCGCUGUGACUACAGCCUAAAGGCCAGCUGUGAUUGGCCAGGGUUGCUUAAGUGAAAUACGAUGUGGAUGAGGGAAUGAAGAAAGGGAUUAUGGAUUAGCAGGAGGUUUAGUCCCUUUCACUUUUCUUCCCUCUCUUGAUAAAAUUGGUUUGUUCACAGGCAGGUUUUAGAUACAUUUAUAUUAAAUCAGGCAGUUGUGAAGGGCCUGAACGUUUCUUUCUGAUUGACUUCUAAAAACAUUGUCAGAAUUUGUCUGUAUCAGUUUUUAGAAGAGCAUAUUUAAUCUGUACUAAAUGUUGAAUCUAUAAUCUACCUUGAAUUUGUUUGAAGUUGAAGAUACAUGUAUAAAUUUUGUUAUUCCAGCCACUGGCACCCCAAAUCUCAAAUGUCUCCUUAGCUCUCUGUUGAACGUCAGAGCUGGGAGAAAACUUUGGGAUUCUGGGGUGCUCUUAGCUGCUCUACCAAAAUCAAAGAGAGUACGCCUUUUACUUAUGUAAUCAGUUGAACUCAAAUGUUUUUGUAUGUAUCAUAUUUUGUGUUUGGACCAUUUGUACUAGCUUCCCAUUUGUGUUAACCAUGUUUUCUACCUCGACUGUGUCCCAAUAAAAGAAA